AGAAGUUCCCUUGAACAGGAGGACCUCAGGUAUGAAUGUAUAUAUAAUUUUUUAUCAACAUUGAUGAAGAAGAUGCACUAUUGAUUGUUUCUCCUUUACUGCCUUCAUCUGGCAUGCAUCUCAGGAUGUGGAGCAAAAACUUGUGUUCCCGCAUGAAUGACUGCACUGCCCAGCAGCCCUUUGAGCCCGGAUCAGAAGUAGCAGACGCGUUGAACCCCUUAGGACAAGUGGGUGAGAAGAGCAGGAAACUACUAGAAAGCCUUUAUUAUGGUAGCAGAGAUAGUUCCGAAGAACAUCCCUGCACUCCUGAGGCCAAAUGGGAUUGGAGCGGCCGCCAAGCAAAGCGUGCCCGAGUGGAGAACAUCAUUCGAGGUAUGACGCCGGGUGAUCGGAUCGCAGAUGUGGCGAUGAAGGAUGGGGGUGAAGAAACAUCUGGGACGCAGGGGCAAGAAAUGAUGAAGGCGCUGCGAUCCCAGAUGAGGCAAGGGGCGGGUGACAUGGUGAAAGAAAGUCUUGCAAAGUGUGAAAAAAGACCCCGAGAACGGAAGACCCCAAAGAUGGACGCCUUCAGUUCCAAGGUGAUGGCAGAUGUUUUGAAGUACGAACUAUCCAGAGCGGUCAGUCGGAGCGUUGACACCAUUUUCAAAAGCAUGCCCUUGCCACAAAAAGAAGAUGGUGCAGAGUUUAUUGCACAUCCUUGUAAGGAAGAGUUGCAGGUACAAGAUGUUCAAACCGAGGCGCUCUCUCUUGUGCUACAAAGACCACCAAUAGAAGGAUCAGCAGUCCACCAACUAAGUCUUGAUUCUGGCCCUUUGGUCCUUAACUAUUGCAACGCUCUCGGGCCCUGCUCAGAGACGGUGUCCAGACGGGCAACAUUUGACCCACCGUGGAAUUCGGUCGCAGUCCUAUCAAAGGUCAAUUCCAGGUCUUCAAGGAGCCCAACUGGUCACAUGAGCGCAGUGGACGCCAUGCUUUUGGACAAUCUUUGCCUCCCGCAUUUCAAGGAUGAGUCUGGCAGAAAGAACAACCUUUAUGUACUCAGCGAAGGUCUGGCGACCAACCAUCUGAAGAAAGCAAAGCUGAUGUUCUUCUACACACGCUACCCAAGCUCAACGGUGCUAAAGGCGUGUUUCCGUGAUGUGCAGUUGACGCGCUGCAUCACCUCCCAGCUCAUCAAGUGGUUCAGCAACUUCCGGGAGUUCUACUACAUCCAGAUGGAGAAGUUCGCCCGACACGCCGUCACGGGAGGGCCGGCCGACGACAGGGCGCUGUCUGUGGGGAGAGAGUCGGAGCUUUUCAGGGCCCUCAAUAUGCACUACAACAAAGGAAAUGACUUCCAGGUCCCGGAUCGGUUCCUGGAAGUGGCAGCGAUUACACUGAGACAAUUCUACAUUGCCAUUUCUACAGGCAAGGAUCGAGAUCCAUCCUGGAAAAAAGCCAUCUACAAAGUGAUCUGUAAACUGGACACAGACAUUCCUGCUGAGUUCAUGAGUAUUGAAUGAAAUAACAGUCAUGCAGACUACUAGAUUAGAUUAGAUAGUACUACUGUACGUCCUUUGCCACAGUCGUCAGUCACAAUGUGGACUUACUUUCAAUGGGGAUCAAAACCUAGCACAUGUCAAUUGAAAUUAGGUAAGAACAUGACUGCUUCAAUAGCAGCUGGUCCUGCAGUAGACUGGGCAGCACAAUGUAAUUACCAGACUUGUAAAGCAUUUACACAGUCAAUAGAACAAUGGUAUAUGAUAGCCCUAAAAAAUGUGAUCGAAAAACUUAUUUUGUAUGUCACACACAAAUUACAGCUUGUGGGAGAAGUAUUGUUUGUUAGUCCACAUACCAUUAGAAAAAGCAAUGUUGACACAAAGUUUAUUAGAUCCGCAAAGCUUUUCAGUGCGUAGCUUUGUUAAACAAUUUCCAAGACAUUCACGUAAAAAAAGCAGUCAAUUAUUGAUGCAUAUUUAAUGACACUUGAAUUUUCACCUACAAACAAAUUGAGUAGAACAAAAACAUCUCUAUAAUGCUAAAUUAACAUUUGCUGAAUUGAAACACAUUUCUUUGACAAGUUUGUAAUUAAGUCGCCACAAGUCUAAUGAGGGAUGUUAGCGCAUUUUUCCACGUCACGUUGUAGUGGUCAAAGGCCAAAUUUAUUGGCCUUUGAGCAGGAUCUUAACCUUCAGCAGAUUAUACAUAAAACUGAGAUCUAUGCUUUGAUGAGCCACGCAAGAACUUUUAGUUUCCAAAACGUAUCUCCCAUUUCAAAUUCUCUCUGGCAAUUUUUAGUCGAAGUUUGACGUUCCGCUGUGAGAACAAUGGAGUUUUUGUUGGAGGUGGCCCUGAAGUCCACCACAAUGAAGCACCCUCACAAUAUGACGUGAAACAUCAAGUCAAUAUGGGAAAUGGCGGAAAUUCUAAUUCACGUCUGGAAUUAGAAUCCAGUAUUUAGUUCUAGAAAUGUUGCUUAUUUUACCACAUCCAGGCUUAUAUUUGCCAAAAUUAGUUUUGUACUUUUGCAUCGCACAGGCUCAACUAUCUUCAAUCUGAGGUCCACAAUGAUUCUCUUACUUUUUGGCAAGAUGAUUUCCCUUCCCAACAAGACACCUCGAGAGCAAGUCUCUUACGAUCAACUGAUACAAACGUCACUUUUUGGGUCCCUUCAAUGAGACUGAGUGUUAAUGACUGCUCAUAUAUGCUUCAAAACUAAUUGGUGUGUUUUAAAGCUCAAACUUACAUGGGGGCUACAGUAAUAACGUUGACCAUGUCAGUUUCACUAUAAUUGUUUCAUUCAGACAUUUAAAAAUGUACCAAAAUGAGGCCAUACCAUUGAGGAAUGGUUUCGUAUAAAUUAUGUUAUGAACAUUGUAGGCACUGGACAAUAUUUGAGAAAUGUUCAAACGUUCCUAGGGAGCUAAUCUUUUUGACCCUGACAUUGUUUUGGGUAUGCGGUUAAUCAGCAGCAGUGGUUACAUUGUGUUAAUUAGCAUUGGGGAUUACUCAUUUGCCCACGCUCUUCUUAAUAGUAUCGCAAUAAAAAUCCUUUCAUUCCAACGUCUUGAACAUAUACGUGUUCGAAGCAGAUGUCUUAAGGAAAAGUAAAUAUAUAGUAAAGAGCUGCGGUUAAAAAACCUUUGAGACACUUUUUGGCUUUUUUGUUUCUUUAAAGUGAAGUGAAUUAUAUUUAUAUAUCGCUAUAUCUUAAGUCACUCAAAGCGCUUUAUGUAGUAAAACCCAUUAUCUACAUCUUUAAGCAACAUUUAAUCCAGUGUGGGUGGCACUGGGAGUAGGUGGAUCGAGUGUCAUGCCCAAGGACACAAUGACAGUGACUAUGAAGGUGGAAGCGGGAAUCAAACCUGGAACAUUCAAUCUGCUGGCGCGGCCGCUCUACCAGCUGAGCCACGCCUCCCCCAAAAAGUUUUCUUGGAAAUGUUGCAAAAUGAGUAAAUGACGCAAGUGGAAAUAAAAGUUAUGCACUGGUCUUUGUACUCACCAUGAACUCAUGCAGCAAGAGUUUGUUCUUCAGUCUUGACAGAUGGUCCUUGGGUUCAGUGUGACUUUCCAAUCAAUACAAGACUGUUGAUAACGACGGGAAUUCCAGGAAGUUCUUCAGGUUAUAAUGAUGGAAGUGUA